UGAUCCUCGCUAAUUGUAUAUAGGCGAGAAAGCAAGGCAACAAAGGGAAUUGAGUCGGCUCGCUUCUCAGAAUAGAGUGGAAUCUUUCCCGCCAGAUCAAUUUCAGAAACAUACCUCACAAUCACAUCCUUCGAGCGCAGAGAUCCCCGCCAGCACCAGCGCCAACUCUUCCUAUAAGCAACACACACCACACCCGGCAUACAUGGCAAAGAUAGAGAAUAUGGCAAUAUCACUCGACUCACAGGUCUGUAUACCCUGGGCUCAUCCCUCCCUUUCAUUCCCCCAGACAAAGAUUAAAUUUUGCUUAUUUCGCAGGUGUUCGUUCCUCCUCGUCUACCACCACUUACCCCCGACAGCAGCGGUAGCUUCGAGCAUGUCCCCAAUCUCGGGCCCACCACUACUACGUGGGGAGGAGGCGUCGGAAUAUCGCAGAUCCAUUCGGUACGUAGUCGAUAUAGUAUCGGGGUUACCUCGGACCGCUGCUAACCGAUGGGGGUUGUAUGUGCCCGUGCAGGAGGCUUCUCCUACCGAUGCAAUUGGGAUAGUGCAGACCCAACAGGCGGUAUUGGUGGUUGAAGCGCAGCAACAUCUUCGGCAGGUCAUGAUGCUGUAUGAUAUGGGGGUCGCGCUGGGGAUGAUUCCGUUGACACCGCGACUGCGAAGGAUCUUGGCUACGGCUCAGGAUAAUAUUCAUCUUCUGUGGGCUGAGAAUGGGAGAGAGGGAAUGAGUUCGUGAUGAUUUUGGGCUAGUUCGGAGUUUCUGUGGUAUGACGGGUUUUGUGUCUUGUGGGCGUAACAAUACAAUAUGUAGCGUUGGUGUUCAGGGAAAUAAGAUACUGUCAUAAAGCGUAUACCAAGCUGAGGCCGGUACUAUAGAUAUGAUAAAGAAAUACCCUGUGGAAUUCAUAGGAUCAUAAGCAAAGCGGUCAGAUAUGUCU